AUGGUGGGCAUUUGCAUCACAGCCUGCCAGAAGAUCCAACCUUUCUUACCAACUUCUGCUACCAACUCGGUGAACGCUGCUGAUGGUGGAGGCCCCGGUGAAUCACCUGGGUUUGAGUUGAUAUGGACACCAGCAGUGCGCUAUGCGCAAUUCGGAAAAGCGAGUGGUGGACUACUAGUUGGUAUAAGUCGGGAUAUUAACAAGGAAUUAAGAAUAGAUUGUACAAAAUCGCUGGAGAGAGAUGUUAUUCGCAUCGUGUCAACUAACUGCGAGCUAUAUGUGCUGCCUACAUAUCUCAAUUGCAAUAAAUGGGAAGAAGACUUCCAAAUUUACAAUAGAAUUCUGCAAGAAUUUAACACACAUAACGUGGUCGUAAUAGGUGACUUAAAUGUUCAAAUAGGAGAAAGCCAAAUUCUUAUGAAAGAACAAACUGCAAGCCUCAAUGUAUUGCUUAAACCAAAGCGAAAUUCUAAGGACAAGGUACUCAACAAUAAAGGAAAGCGAUUCACUGAGACGUGUGACGAUGCAGGCAUCGUAAUACUAAACGGAAGAACACAGGGUGAUUUUGAAGGAAAUCACACUUACAUAAGCACAAUGGGAUGCUCAGCUAACGACGUUAAGAGAAUACAAUGGCUAGAACAACAACAGAAAAACAACUCUAACAACAGCAAUAACAUAAACACCAACAUCGACAUCAACAUCAAUACCAAAAUCAACAUCAACACUCCCAUACCAACGCAAACAACAACCGACCUCAACUCCAAGACCAACACUACUGCAACAGCAAUAGAAACAACAACACCAACAAAUAACAACAACAUUAACAUCAACCCCAACAUCAACACCAACAUCCACACCAACCCCAACACCAGCAAUAACACCAAUACCAACAUCAACACCAUCAUCACCACUAAAACUAACAUCAACACCAACUUCAACAAUAACAACACCAAUAGUAAUACGAAAAACCUACAACAACACCAUCAGCAGCAGCAAUCAAACCCCUAA